AUCAAUUUCCGUGUGGACAUUAUGCUUGAAUGAGAAAAUUCAAAAUAUCAUUGACUAAAUGACUUUAUGCAUUGAGUUUGAGGCAGCUACCUGUUUUUGAAAUCUAAGCAAAGAUCAAUAGUGGCUUGUAGAAGCAAUCUCUCUCGUAAAUACAACAAUCCCUCCAUUCCUUCUCCCUUCAAAUGCUCUUACUAGAUCCAUCAAAUAACCUCGAAUUAAAUCCCCUUACUAUAUAAUAUAAAUCAUCACAUAACCAUAUAGAGAGAGAGGCCAUGGUAACAUUAACAUCCAUGGUCUUCACCAUUUCUCAUUUCAAUCUCCUAACUCUCUUAUUUCUCUUCUCAACUUAUCAACAUGUCACCUGUACCACCACUCAACUCUUUAAACAAGCACCUAAAUUCUACAACUCCCCUAACUGUCCCUCCAUUCAUACGUCAACAUGGACAACUUCGUCCGAGCAAACUACACACACAAACACAGACGACUUUAUUUGCUCAGACGAAGCAGUCCAUGUUGCAAUGACACUAGACAUAAAAUACCUCCGCGGCUCAAUGGCGGCCAUUCUCUCCGUCCUCCAACACUCCUCUUGUCCAGAAAACACCAUCUUCCACUUCAUCACCGCCGCAUCGAAAACUACCUCCACCGUCACCCUUAACACCACCCUCUUAAACUCAUUCCCAUACUUAAAAUUCCAAAUCUACCCCUUCAACACUGAAACCAUUUCAGGUCUAAUCUCAACCUCAAUACGCUCUGCACUCGAUACACCUCUCAACUACGCGCGAAAUUACCUCUCUAACCUUCUUCCAAACUGUGUUCACAAAAUCGUUUACCUUGAUUCUGAUCUCAUUCUUGUCGAUGAUAUCGCAAAACUCGCUGCAACGAAUCUCACAAACGAAGCCGUUUUAGCUGCACCUGAAUACUGCAACGCGAAUUUCAGUUACUAUUUUACCCCUACGUUUUGGUCGAAUCCUUCACUUUCGUUAACAUUCGCGACUCGGAAAGCGUGUUACUUCAACACCGGAGUUAUGGUGAUUGAUUUAGCGCGGUGGCGGAUCGGAGAUUAUACGACGCAGAUGACGGAAUGGAUGGAGCUUCAGAAGAGAAUGAGGAUCUAUGAGCUUGGUUCAUUGCCGCCGUUUCUGCUUGUUUUCGCAGGUAAAAUAGUUCCGGUUGAUCAUCGGUGGAAUCAACAUGGGCUUGGCGGUGAUAAUUUCCAUGGGCUUUGUCGGGAUUUGCAUCCGGGCCCGGUGAGUUUACUUCAUUGGAGUGGGAAGGGUAAACCGUGGGCCAGGCUUGAUGCUAAUCGUCCUUGUCCGUUGGAUGCUUUGUGGGCCCCAUAUGACCUUCUUGAAACUCCAUUUGCUCUUGAGACCUAAGCCUGUAUCAGAAUUUACAGUUUAUUUUAUCUUUUUAUCUCCAUGUAAAAAAAAAAUCAAUGUUUUUGGUUGGUGGAUUUAGUUUUACAGUAGAUUUAUGGUAAAAUUUACUGUGACACCAAAUAUGCACGUGUAAUACGGCGGCUUGUCUUUGGGGAGUUGGCGCUGGAGUCGCUCCAGGCUUGGCUUGCUAUAUAUGGCUUACUGUAAAGUCAGGUAGAUAAGUUGUGGUAUACUACUAUUUUCACCUUCUUGGUGAAGUGAGUAAUUGUGAGUUUACAACUUCUGGUAAUUAAGAAUGAAGAGAUUUUCAUGUAUUGUUAUUUAUGUUCUACUGUGCAAUGUCCAUAUAUUCUCACAAUUAUAAAUGAGAGAAAGUUUGUUACAUGAAGAA